AUGAGUUCCACCAGUGGGGGUGGCAACCGCGACCGCGACAAAAAUCGCAAAUAUGCAUCUGGAGCAGCAAAACGAAAGGCAAAGGAUGAACGAAUUUUACGGGAAAGUAAAGUUUUAAGUAAAAUGCCGAAAAUAUCGGAACUGUUUCCUCCGAAGGCUGAUGAAGCGAUGACAACAAUGGCAGAAGCAGUUGAGGAACCCGACACCGGCGACACAUCCAAGGAGUUGACAUCUGGUGAUACGUCCAUUUCCACUGAUAACAAUGAUGGAUACUCUUGUGAUUUGGGAUUAUGGCCUACUGAUAUUUCUGACAAUAUGAGAGAGCACUGGGCAGGUCAAGGGAGUAGUCAGUGCAGAAAUUCCGAUGCCGAUUUCAGCGCAACAUCAACAAGAUAUGAGGGAGAUGCUUACAAUAGACGAUGUCAAAAAACUUUGUUCACGUACACACAUGAGCUUACAAAACAGCAACAUCCUCGAAACUGGCUCUGCUAUUCACCAUCCAAACAUGUCGUGUUGUGUUUUGCGUGUAAACUCAUGACUGACAGCAUCGUUUUGGAAAACAAGCUACUCCAACGUAGCGAUGCUGGCUGCCGUAUUGAUUCAGAACUGGUCACACAGGCCAGUGAUGAGCGUAACUAUUGGCGGGCAGUACUUGAGCGGGUAACAGAAACCAUCCGUUACCUUUCCGAGCGAAGUUUACUAUUUCGCGGCACUGAUGAGAUCGUUGGAUCGCCAAAAAACGGUAACUACCUGGGAACAUUAGAACUUAUAUCGAUGUUCGAUCCAUUUCUAGCGCAACACAUCAACCGUAAUGCAAAUAAGGGAAAGGGUCACACAUCCUAUCUCUCAAAGACCAUUUGCGAGGAAUUCAUCCAACUGAUGGCAACUCGAGUUCGCGAGCAGAUUUUACAGAAGUUAAAGCUGCAAAGUAUUUCUCCGUCUGUGUAG